AGUGUGCAGCUCAACUAGGGCGAUUAAUAGACACGAUCGUCCAGUCCAAUCAUUCCAACUCCGCUGUACGGCUCGCAUAGAUCAGGAUGGCGCUGGUGCUGAAGGCUCUCUACAACGGGUACGAUCGGUACUUCUACGAGGCUCAGGAUCCUCGAAAUGCCGACCAUUUUUUGCUUAACCCACCGUGGUUACCGUUUCUGGUGUUAGCUGGAUACUUAUACUUUGUUCUGGACUUGGGACCCAAGUUGAUGGCCAACCGGAAGCCGUUUGAUUUGAAGAAGCUGAUCCAGGUUUACAAUUUGCUGCAGGUGCUCGCGAAUGUCUAUCUGUUCGUUGCGGGAGUAAAAGUGAUUAUCGACAUGGGAAUCACAUUAAAGUGUCAACCGGUGAACUAUACCAACAGCCCGUUUGCUUUGCGAGAGCUCCGACUGGUGUACCUGUACUAUCUACUCAAAGUGUCCGAUCUGCUUGAUACGGUGUUCUUUGUGCUGCGUAAAAAGCAAAGUCACGUCUCGUUUCUGCACGUGUACCACCACGCCGGAAUGGUGCUGGGGUCGUUCAUUUACAAUCGGUUCUUCCCCGGAGGUCACUUUUCGAUGUUGGGGCUGUGCAAUACCUUCGUCCACGCCAUCAUGUAUUUCUACUUCUUCCUCACGAUCUACCGGCCGGAGCUGACCAAGAAUGCCAACUGGAAGAAGUACAUCACCAUCAUGCAGAUGGUGCAGUUCGGCUACCUGGUGUUCCACUUUGCGACGCCCAUCGUGCUGGGAGUGGACUGUGGAAUUCCCAAGUUCUGGCUGUGGCUACCGAUGAUCCAGAACGUUUUCAUGAUGGUGCUGUUUUCGGACUUUUAUGCCAAGGCGUACGGCAGGCGGAAGGUGAAGUGAGGGAGCACGCGUGCCGGUGGCUAUCCUGAGAGAAAAUUUUCAAGUGGAAACAUCGUUUUAAGGUCUGAAUUGUUAAUUGUUUCAUCGC